AUGUCUCGGACAUGCUUGGAAGAAGUCUGCAAAUUCAAUUCCAUUUGCACUUUGGGGCAAGAUGAGAAACAGAUCCAGGCAGAUCUGAUCCUAUGGUGGAAUAGCCAGGGUCAGCAAGAGCUCUUUCCAAGUGCAGCUGGCAAGCUUCAGGACGAUGAAGCUGAGGGCGAUUCUUCAGAGGAAGAGGAUGAAGCUGCAGAAGCAGCAAUGAAGACUGAGGCAGAGCAGGUGGAAGCCGAAAUUUCUUCGAACAUUGAGGCAGUGGAGGCUCUGGCUUGCAUCGAGAAGGAUUUUGAGGCAGCGUUUGCUGGCAAAGAGUCUGAGGAAUCUUUCAAAGAUCCCUUUGAUGAACCGGCAGAUUCAACGGAUGAAGAGACAUCCCCAGAGAUCGCAGCCAAGAAGGCAAAGACCUCAGACCCUCCUCUGAAGAGUAUCAAGACCUUAGCAGAUGUGUUGGCGCACGCAGGACUCCAAGAGUUUCAGAUCCCAGAACAAGACACAGAAAAGAACCUUUUCCAGCGAGUUCGGGCCAUGUUUCCUUCGAUGCGGAGUUUCGGUGCUUUCAUGAGGACACAAGAAGGGGUGCUUUCCAAAGCGGCCAUCAACGGAGUAACCUCCAAGACCCGUCAGCACAAUCUCGCAGAGCAUAGCUUGGCUUUGGCAAGGGCAUCACAUUGCUGUAGCGCUAUGCGCCAGUCUAGAUUUGCUCUUUGGGCUGCUUUUGCAGACAAAGUCGUUGAUGCUGCUGAAGAUUCAAGUGUGGCCGCCAAGAUUGUAAAGCUCGGACCUCCCACUGAGAAGGACUCGGAGGGGGUUGUGAAGCGGCAGUUGCUGGUGGUCAAGCCAGAGAUUGCAUCAUCAAGCCUUGUCAACCAACUCCGGUUUGCUACGCCAACAUCGGUUUGGCGUGUGGCCCGCAAAACCGUGAAAGCGGGGCGCAGAUACUUGCCAGACAGCAGGUUCCCGGCUUCAUUGAUUGCGCAGGUCCAGGUGAUGUUGCUGACUCCUCAUGAGACGUCCAAAGGUUCUGGCGUUUAUCGACUUCGCGGUUCGACUUUGUCUCCAGUGGUAUCUCUUCAUCCACACGACGGCUCAGUCCUCUACGAGGUCCCCAGUGACCAUUUCAAGCUCAAGAGCACUGCUUUUGGGGUCGAGUUUGAGAUCUCAGAAUUGGCGGUCAAGGCUUGGAAGAAGGUGAGUGAUGCUGGACUGUCUGUGGAACCAGAAAAGAAGUCUGGCAAGAAAUCUGAGCCAACGGCUGUCUACUUGUGUGACGGAGAUCUUGCAAAUACGCAGAAUGGAAAGAAGAACAUGCGCUUGUUCGUGGAGAACAUGGUCAAAGACUUCGAAACACAUUUCUGGCAGAUCUUGGACGAUGAGGGCAACAUCAA